UUUCCUUUCAAGGCUGAGUAUGAAUAGCGAACAAAGUGAAGUGGUGCCAAACUGUGUUCAAAACCAGGAAUCUAUACGAUAACAAGGUACUUUUUUUUUUCUUUAAGUGAUUGCUUCAAUAAGUAGUUAUCUGUUGACAACAGAAUCAAAGUGUCAGUGCAAUAGAUAGCUCAGUGUGCCUUUGGUUUGGUUCCUUGGAUGAGCAUGCUUGUCUUUCACUUCCUCACAGUUUGGGGCCCGCCCUCUUAGACUAUCUUCCUGAGAAUGUUAAAAAAAAAAAAAUCUUACUCUUAGACUAUCUUCCUGAGAAUGUUAAAAAAAAAAAUCUUACUUCAUGUCUUUGCUGUCUUGUUCCCUUCUUUAUUCACACAUCACGGGGUUCCGGUCCUCCCAACUUCUCUACUGUUCAGUAAGUCAAUUUGCUUUCUUACUGAUUUUUGUCCUGACGCUGCUCUGGCUUCUGCGCAGAUCCUCACUCCCUCCUAGCCUUCUACUUGGACUAACUGGACCUCCUACCCGAGAAGCACGGGAUCCCACAGGAGCGAAGUGCUGAAAGCCUCUUCUACCAGCCUCUGGCAGCUCCCAGAAGGGGAAGCCCGCGCGCAGCAGCCCAGCACCGCAUUGGGCUGGCGCCCAGCUGGGUAUGAUGGUUCCACCUCCCGGGCAGCUUGCGGGACACAGCUCAUGGCUGGGCAGCUGAGCCAGCCGCUGGCUAGUGGGGGUUUCCUUGGCUCGCGCGCCUGGCAGAGGUGGACACAUGUCCACUGAACAGCCUCUGGAACUGCCCGGAUGCUGCAGGCGGAGGCUCCUCCGAGAGACAACUUCGAGCCCUCUCUGUGGAGAGCCGGAAGGGGACUACGGGUUUCGAUCCCUCCCCUUUUCUGUCUGGGUCUUACUGCUUGUCUCUCUGAGACCUUCCACUUCCCAGGUAAGGACUGGCGAACAGGGAGCAUCUCUCCUCCGGGCACCCUACCAUGAGUAAAUCUACUGGCAGCGAUCAGAACUGCACCCACCUUUGGCUCAAGGCGGGUGAAAGUCCAGCUAUCAGCUCUGUGAUGUUCUCCGCCGGGGUACUGGGGAACCUCAUUGCGCUGGCACUGCUAGCACGGCGCUGGCGCGGAGAUUCCCGAAACAGCAGCCGGCGUGGGAGCUCCAUCUCCUUGUUCCACGUGCUGGUGACGGAGCUCGUGUUCACUGACCUGCUCGGAACCUGCCUCAUCAGCCCGGUGGUGCUGGUUUCUUAUGCUCGCAACAAGACCUUGCUGGCUCUGGAGCCCGUGCACCAUGGCGUGUGCACCUAUUUCGCCUUCGCCAUGACCUUCUUCAGUCUGGCCACCAUGCUCAUGCUCUUUGCGAUGGCCGUGGAGCGCUACCUGUCCAUCGGGCACCCCUACUUCUACCAGAGCCGCGUUACAUGCCGCGCCGGCCUGGCCGUGCUCCCCUCCAUCUAUGCUGUCUCCCUGGUUUUUUGCUCCUUGCCGCUACUGGGGUAUGGGGAGUACGACCAGUACUGUCCUGGGACUUGGUGCUUCAUCCGACCGAGUCCGACAGGGUAUCUGAAGCUUUAUGCUUCCCUGCUGCUGAUUCUUAUCACUGCGGUGCUCCUCUGCAACUUCAGUGUCAUCUUCAACCUUAUUCGCAUGCACCACCGGAGCAGAAGGACCCGCAGCGGACCCUCCUUGGGCAGCAGCCGGUGUGGCCCUGGGACCCGCAGAAAAGGGGGGAGAUUGUCUAUGGCAGAGGAGACAGACCACCUCAUUCUUCUGGCUGUUAUGACCAUCACAUUCGCUAUCUGCUCCUUGCCUUUCACAAUAUUCGCAUAUAUGAAUGAAUCCUUUUCCAAAGAAAAAGAGUGGGACCUCCUAGUACUUCGGUUUUUAUCAGUGAACUCAAUAAUUGACCCCUGGGUCUUUGCCAUCCUUAGGCCUCCUGUACUAAGACUAAUACGUUUAAUCAUCUGUUGUCGGGUUUCAUUAAGAACACAAGAUGCAGCACAAACUUCCUCUUCUAUAACAGUCAAAUGCCAGGAAGGACAUUUAUGGCUAUAUCUGUAGCCAAAUAUUAAGAUUAAAACUGAAGAAUCUAGUCAAUUCUUUAGAUACACUGGAACUAUUUUUAUGCUGAUGUGGAAGCCAUGACUAAUAUAUACUUUGUAAGAUGACCAUCAUAUCAAAUCUCCUUUGUUAAUGUUUUUAUAUAGGAAAUAUAAUCUGACUCAUACCAUAUAGGAAAUCAUGUCACAAUGAGUCAGAUCUUAAUAUAUUUCUAAAUCUAAAUAUUUGGUAUGUAAUCAAAAUAUUUCAGUGAAUUUAUGCUGUUUCAUUAUAGCUUAUUUGCUUUGUAAACUCAUCUAAAAUUCUACAAAAAUAAACUAUAAAGCAAAAUGGAGCAGUAUUUGAUGAAUCACUCAAAUAGCAUUUCUUAAUUAUUGUAUACAAUACUACUAGAUGAGAUAAAAGUAGAAAUGUUAUGUUUUAUUUGGCAUGAUUUUAAAGUGUAACUGCCUUGUAAAUUAAAGUUUAAAAUGUUAAACAUAGUGCCUGAUAUUAGGGGAUUUUCUUCAGUUCUCACCCUUAGAACAUCAUCUUCAAAAUAGUAAAUUCAUCUUAAUUUUGCAAUGAUUUUUAUUAUAAGAUAACUUAUUAAAACAGUAAAAAGGGGUGUUCGGUUUCAUACAAAGUUUCAUUGAGUUGCUUAUGGAAAAUUUUUUCCUACAAGUCCCUAUCAAACUAAACAAUCAUUCAGAGUUAUCCCAAACCAAUGGUGGCAUCAAGACAUUCUUACACAGUCUAUACAAAUUUAACUAUUAUCUUAAAAUAAUAAUAAACGGUUUGGUUAUCUACUAAUUUUUCAAAAACAAACAAUUUUUUUGCCUCCAGGGUUAUUGCUGCACUGCUACAGGAAGCUAUUUUCCCCAUUUUGUUGCCCUUGUUGGAUAGGAUAGAGAGAGGUCAAGAGAGAAGUGGAAGACUUAUAGUUACCUCCAGACCUGCUUCACCACUUGUGAGGCAACCCCCCUGCAAGAGGGGAGCCAGGGGCUUGAACUGGGAUCCUUAUGCCAGUCCUUGUGCUUUGCACUACUGUCUGACGCCCCCCCAAAAACAAACAAAAUUUAACUCUGGACUGGUAAAUAAAUAUAUCCUGUGACUAAGUAUCCUAGUUUUCUUUUUAAGUUAUUCUAAAUAACAGUAAUUACAUCCAUGAAUAAUUAUUAAACAUAUAAUUCUGAAUUUGCUUUGAAUCUGGAAGGCUGAUUUCUCACAUAAGUCUUUUCUCAAAAAGAUAUAAAUCACAAUCCUCCACCCCAUCUUAAUGACACAAAAAAAUCCAUAGUAAUUAAUAACAAUGCUUUUUUAAUGAUCUAAUAUCAUAAUAUCACUAGUGGGUAAAAGAUGAUUCAUUCUGAGGGUCCAAAAUAUAAGAAUUUAACCAAUGGGGGCAGAUGGUGGAGUACCUGGUUAAGUGCACACAUUACAGUGGGCAAAGACCUGAGUUCAAGCCUCUGGUCCCAUCUGCAGGGGGAAAGCUUCACAAGUGGUGAAGAAAGGCUGCAGGUAUCUCUGUCUCUCUCUUUCUCUGUCUCUCCCUCCCUUCCCAGUUUCUCUCUGUUUAUCUAAUUAAUUAAUUAAUUAAAAUAAUAAUUUAACCUAUUUAUUUAAAAACAAGUAGAUUUCUAGAGCUUUAUUUCCUCAUGUAAUUAUGUUCCUUAUACUGUAUUAAAUGACUAAAUCCUGUUAUUCUGUGUGCACCAAUAUGUAUCUAGAAAAAAAUGAAAGUAAAAUUCCACAUAGUGGGGUCCAGACUGUGGCACACCUGGUUAAGUGCACACACUAAAGUGCACAAGGACCCCGGUUCAAGCCGCUGGUCCCCACCUGCAAGGGGAGAGCUUCAUGAGUGUUAAAUUGAACUUCAGGCAUCUUUCUGUCUCCCUCUCUAUCUCCCCUCUCCUCUCUCAAUUUCUCUCUGUCUCUAUCCAAUAAUAAAUAAAUAAAAUUUUAAUUCCAUGUGAUACUUAUUAAUGGCUAUUUAAGAAUAACUUAGAUAAAUCAUUUAUGUGUGUAGAUAAUUCUUUUUAAGCUUUAUUUAAUUAUUAAUGAAAGAAAGAAUGAACCAGAGAAUCACUCUGGCACAUGUAAUGUCAAAGAUCUAACUCAGGACCUCAUGUUGGAGAGUCGAAUGCUUUAUCUACUACAUCUCCCAGGCCACUACAUAUGUAAAUAUUUAUUAAAAAAUCACAGCCUAUAUACCUGUCUAAGUUUACUGUCUCAUAUUCAAGUUAAAUAAACAAUACAAAAUUUAGCCUGGAAUGUUAAAAGAAUCACAUUGGAUGCAAGAAAACUUAGAGUUUAUUCUUUGCCUCCGAUGAAAAGAGAAAGAGAGAAAAAUAGAGAAAGACUGAUGGAUUAUUUCCCUGAAAAAUGUCAGCCUUAUAGGUGUAUAGAAA